CAAACUGGAAGUGAAAGAAAGUAAAAACACCAAAAGUUAAUUUUUUUCAAUUUUUGAUAUUAUUGAAGAACUACCACUAAUCAGACAAGAUGCCUUUAGAAUGGUUAUUUGGACGCAAGAAGACUCCAGAAGAGAUGUUAAGACAGAAUCAAAGAGCUUUAAAUAAGGCCAUGAGAGAUUUAGAUAGAGAAAGACAGAAAAUGGAACAACAAGAAAAGAAAGUUAUAGCUGAUAUCAGAACAAUGGCUAAAAAAGGACAAAUGGAUGCAGUAAAAGUAAUGGCCAAAGAUUUAGUAAGAACUAGAAGAUAUGUGAAGAAAUUUAUAGCAAUGAGAGCUAAUAUACAGGCUGUGUCUUUAAAAAUACAAACUCUGAAAUCUAGUAAUACCAUGGCUCAAGCUAUGAAAGGUGUCACAAAAGCAAUGCAAACCAUGAACAAACAGUUAAAAUUACCUCAGAUACAAAAGAUUAUGAUGGAAUUUGAAAAACAGUCUGAGAUCAUGGAUAUGAAAGAAGAAAUGAUGAGUGAUGCUAUUGAUGAUGCUAUGGGUGAUGAAGAUGAUGAGGAGGAAAGUGAUGCUGUUGUAUCUCAGAUAUUUGAUGAACUAGGUUUACAGAUGGCUGAUGAUCUUAAUAAUCUUCCUCAAACUGGUAAAUCACUAGCUCAAGGGGGUCCAGCUAAACAAGCUGUACCUGCUGGUCCUGUUAGUGAUGCUGAUGCUGAUUUAGAAGCCAGACUAGAGAAUUUACGCCGACAGUAAAUACUGUAUGUUUAUUGUGUAAAAUAAGGAAAACUUUAAUCACUGAUCAUAUUUAUUACACAGUGGCGUUUCUAAGAAUUGAGUAAGGCCCCCAGAAUUGUCAAGGGGUUCUCACAGGCCUUUCUUUCCCUAAUCAAAAUACUAAAAAAUUUGGAGAGUUUGAGAGGCAAAGCUGGAUUAGCCUCAGUUUUUCUGUAGAAACGCCAUUGUCCUUACAGGGUGCAAAAUAGAGUAUCGUAAUUGUGUAGCACUUUCUUCAGAUGAUUUUUAUGCUCUAGUCAUCUGAUUGGACAAUCAUUCUUAAAAUGUUGAUUAUGUUGUUCUUGAGAAUUGCACACAAGCUUUUGCAAUUUUUUAGAAAAUGACACUGAGUAAUAUUCACUCUUGAGUGAUGUUUUCAUGUGUGACUAUUUGUCUAAAUUGUGUAGCAAACUGCUGUGUAAAACUGUAUAUUUUGUUCCCUGUUAAGAAAGUGUAUAGUGCAAAUGGAUUGAUAAUAGAUACAAAACCAACCAUAAAUCCUGCUUGUUGCUUGGAGUAUAUAAUUGAUGCAGAGUAUAGGCCCAUUGAAAGUAUCAAAUACGUUACUUAUUAAGGGAUAGUUAUUAGUUAAGUUUAUAUAAAUGUUAUAAUUAAGAUCAUUACAACACCAAUCUAAUUACAAUUUCAUUUUGUUACAUAUUUUUUUAUCGGUCUCCAUUGUGACCUAUGGAGAUUUAUUUCAAAGUCUCUUAAAUCAUUAGUCAUUUCGCUCUACUUUGGGUUUAGAAGUCCCACAGUUCAUAAUUAAUAUUUUAGACAUGAAUUCUGCAUGACAGGCUAUUAUUGGUUGAAAUGGAUGUCUAGACUCACCAGUACGUGACCUUGACAUAACUCUUUUUCUCUUUACAAUGGAGACCAAAAGCAAAAUUAACGACCGGAAAUGUAAUUUAAUCAUGAACAUUGUAACACAGGAAUUAAUAAAAGUUGAUAUAGUCAUCUAAAUAUUUGCUUUACGAGCUGGUCAAUUUCAUCAAUUGUCAAAUGAUGUCUGUUUUCAAUUUGUUAAUUUUGGUUAUGUGCAUCAUCAGUUGAUGUUCAAGUGCUGUUAUUUGUAAAAACACAGGAAUUAUCUUGAAGCGAUAUAGUCAUCUAAAUAUUAACUUUACCAGCUGGUAAAUGAUGUCAAUUUGUUAUGUUGGCUAUGUCAAUAUGUUGAUGUGCAUAGUGUUAUUUGUAAAAUGAGGUUUUUGUAUAUACAUGUAUAAAGUGGUCUAUUCAUGUAAAAUAUAUUUGUCUAUCUGCAUGAUAUUAAUAUUUUUUAUGUCUAUCUGUAAUAUUAUAUGUUAUAAUUAUAUAUUGUGAUGUCAUUUUCUCUCUCUAGUUUUUUUCUCUCCAUUUUUAUAUAUGAAAAAUAAGUUUUGAAAUUUAAUAAGAGUAUUUUAGAUUGAGGACCUUUGUCAGAAACAUGACAACUUCAAAUAUAGUCAAACGAAGAUUUAUGUAGACAUCUGAGUCCAAAUUUAAUUUAUUGAACUUAUAGGACUGUUCAUUAAUACUUAAACUACCUAAAUAGUGGACCACUCCUGUUUAGGUUAUGACCAUACAUUUUUUCGUUUUGAAUCCAGGUAGCUGCUAAUGAGCCAAGCAAACCCAUUUGUUUUAGUGUCUGUCAGUUUCCUAAAUAUUCUCACCCAGCUGUAAUUGGGGAUAAUCUGAAUGAUAAUAUUUAUAAAACAUUUUAUUUUUAAAACAUCAUGUAAGACAUUUGAAAUAAAUAUUGUAUUUUGUAAUGCUAUCUAUACAAUGUUGUGUUUAACAAUUUAGAGCUAGUGCCAAUCAAAAUGACCUUUUUUCAGGGGUUGGCCAUUUUCAUACAAUAUUCACAAGUAUGUUUGCAUAAAGAUAAACAUAGAAGAAGCUUGUUGAUUUUCCAGUUUGAAAACAUUGUGAAUGUUUAUAACCAUGUCCCCUUAUACAAGGUUUAUAUGUCACAGUGAAACACAGUAGAAAUAUAAAAAAGUUUCUGCAACAAAGUAGAAAUAUGAAAAAGUUUCUGCCACAGUAGAAAUAUGAAUAAGUUUCUGCCACAGUAAAACACAGUAGAAACAUGAAAGGUUUCUGCCACAGUGAAACAUAGUAGAAAUAAUUUCAAAUGAGUUGAAGGAUUAAAAGCCACUGACAUCAAAACGUGAAAGGUAUAUAACAAUAUCUUUAUAAUUUCAAUUAUAACAUCUCAAAUAUUGUACACUAUUUACACAAAUCUUGUAGCAUAAUUUUCAAUAUGAGUCAGAAUCACUCUAAAGAUAUAUGACCAAUUUGAGAUUCUCCAUAUUAAUAUCUAUAUUUUCAUACAUAAUAAGAACAGUUUUCAUUGUUAAAAUAGUGUUGUAGAAAUCUUUAAACCUAAAAUGUGUAGAGAGAUCUAUUUCAGCCAGUGAAGUUUGAAGUUUGACAAAUAAAACUUGCUCUUGCUUUCUUGUGUCUCUUAACUUCUGGCAAAUGUCUACACAUCAUGCUUAUCAUACUAUGUAUCUAUGUAUCAUACUUGUCAAAUCAUACUUCUUUCUUAAUAGCAUUUGAACAAAUAAUAUCCUCUGGAAAAAAGAUAAAAAAGUUGUCAAACCAUUCUCCUCUGAUGAGGAUUUAAACCCCCAAAAAAUCUUAUAAAGAAGAUCAUACUUGUCAAAUCAGAAAAUGAUGAUGCAAUGAGACAUAGUUUUACCAUUAAGUAAACAUAAACAAUAUCAUAAUUUUAAAUACAAAAUAAAAAUCAUAGGAAUUUAAAUCUUCGUAAUAGAUAAUUAAUUUGAUUCAAUAUAAAAAUAUUUCAUGUGUAUUAUAUUAGUCAUUAUCAUUCAAAUAUCUUUAUCAAUUCACAAUUGUCUACAAAUAACAAUUCUGUACAUUAUCAUUGAUAUACUCUUUAACAUUUUUUCAAAAAUUAAACAUUAUCAGUCAUUGAAUAUAUUAAAUUCCUGUUCAAUUUUGAAUAAUAUACAAAUUUAGCUCUUUCAGAUUUCCAUUAAGAGCAAUAAACUUUUUGUAAGCAAAUAUACUAUCACAGUCAAUUAUGUUAC